UAUUACGUUUGUCCUCACCUCUCGCUUUUUUUCCUAAUAAAACCAGCCAAUUCCACUACUCCACAAAAGCCCAUCUCUGAUUUCUCAUCCUUUUUUCACUCUAUAGAAAAGAAUUUUUUUACACAAAUAGCCGAUCAUCACACAAAUUUACAUGGAUACACAAGUAACAGAAUGUGGUAACACUAGUAUGAAGGUACUGAUGUUUCCAUGGUUAGCAUAUGGACAUAUCUCUCCAUUUCUCAACGUAGCCAAGAAACUCGCGGACAAGGGAUUCUUGAUUUAUCUCUGUUCAACACCUAUCAAUCUUAAAUCUAUAGUCAAGAAAAUACCCGAAAAAUACUUUGUUUCAAUACAGCUUGUUGAGUAUCAUUUACCCGAAUCUCCUGAACUUCCUCCUCAUUACCAUACUACCAAUGGACUCCCACCCCAUCUCAAUCACACCCUUCAAAAGGCCUUGAAAUUGUCCAAACCAAACUUCUCCAAAAUCUUGAAAAAUCUGAAACCUGAUGUGGUAGUUUAUGAUAUUUUACAGCAAUGGGCUGAAGGCGUAGCGAAUGAACAAAACAUUCCUGCAGUCAAGCUCUUAACUUCUGGUGCAGCUGUGUUUUCAUAUUUUUUUAACUUAGUAAAGAAACCUGAGAUUGAAUUCCCUUUCCCAGCCUAUUUAUCUUAGGAAAAUUGAGUUAGUAAAAUUGGGUGAAAUGAUGGCAAAAUCAGCUAAAGAAAAGAACCUGAUGAUGUGGGUCCUUUUACUGAAGGAAAUAUGCAAAUUAUGUUAAUGAGUACCUCUAGAAUUAUAGAGGCAAAAUACAUAGAU